CAGCAUCACCAUGUCUGUUCGAUACAGCUCAAGCAAGCAGUACUCUUCCUCCCGCAGUGGGGGGGGAGGAGGAGGAGGAGGAGGGUCAUCCUUCAGAAUUUCAAGCAGCAAAGGCUCCAUUGGUGGAGGAUUUAGCUCAGGGGGGUUCAGUGGUGGUUCUUUUAGUCGUGGGAGCUCUGGUGGAGGCUGCUUUGGGGGCUCAUCAGGUGGCUAUGGAGGAUUAGGAGGAGGCUUUGGCGGAGGAGGCUUUGGUGGAGGAGGCUUUGGUGGAGGCUAUGGAAGCAGCAGCUUUGGUGGGGGCUAUGGAGGAGGCAGCUUUGGAGGGGGCAGCUUUGGUGGUGGUGGCUUCAGUGGAGGCAGUUUUGGAGGCUUUGGGGGUGGAUUUGGAGGAGAUGGUGGCCUUCUCUCCGGAAAUGAAAAAGUAACCAUGCAGAAUCUGAAUGACCGCCUGGCUUCCUACUUGGACAAAGUGCGGGCUCUGGAAGAAUCAAACUAUGAGCUAGAAGGCAAAAUCAAAGAGUGGUAUGAAAAGCAUGGCGGCUUAGGCCAGAGAGAACCUCGUGACUACAGCAAAUACUACCAAACCAUCGAUGAUCUUAAAAAUCAGAUCCUCAAUCUGACAACUGAUAAUGCCAACAUCCUGCUUCAGAUCGACAAUGCCAGGCUGGCAGCUGAUGACUUCAGAUUAAAGUAUGAGAACGAGGUCACCCUGCGCCAGAGCGUGGAGGCUGACAUCAAUGGCCUGCGCAGGGUGCUGGAUGAACUGACCCUGACCAAGGCUGACCUGGAGAUGCAGAUCGAGAGCCUGACUGAAGAGCUGGCCUACCUGAAGAAGAAUCAUGAAGAGGAAAUGAAAGACCUUCAAAAUGUGUCCACUGGUGAUGUAAAUGUAGAAAUGAAUGCUGCCCCAGGUGUCGAUCUGACUGAACUUCUGAAUAACAUGAGAAACCAGUAUGAACAACUUGCUGAACAAAACCGCAAAGACGCUGAAGCCUGGUUCAACGAAAAGAGCAAAGAACUCACUACGGAAAUCAAUAGUAACAUCGAACAAAUGUCCAGCCACAAAUCGGAGAUUACUGAAUUGAGACGCACGGUUCAAGGUCUGGAAAUCGAACUACAGUCCCAACUAGCCCUGAAACAAUCCCUGGAAGCCUCCUUGGCAGAAACAGAAGGUCGCUACUGUAUGCAGCUCUCCCAGAUUCAGGCCCAGAUCUCCUCUCUGGAGGAACAACUGCAACAGAUUCGAGCUGAAACCGAGUGCCAGAAUGCUGAGUACCAACAGCUCCUGGAUAUUAAGAUCCGACUGGAGAAUGAAAUUCAAACCUACCGCAGCCUACUAGAAGGAGAAGGAAGUUCCGGCGGCGGCGGCGGCUACGGCGGCGGGCGCGGCGGCGGAAGUUCCGGCGGCGGCUACGGCGGAAGUUCCGGCGGCGGUGGCGGCUACGGCGGCGGCUACGGCGGCGGAAGUUCCAGCGGUGGCGGCCACGGCGGUAGCGGCCACGGCGGUAGCUCCGGCGGAAGUCACGGGGGUGGUUACGGCGGCGGCAGCUCCGGCGGCGGCGGUGGCCACGGCGGCAGUUCCAGCGGCGGCGGCUACGGUGGCGGCAGCUCCGGCGGGCACAAGUCCUCGUCUUCUGGGUCCGUCGGGGAACCCUCUUCCAAGGGACCAAGAUACUACCAGAUAAUUGAAGAACUUAAGAAUAAGGUUAUCUCUUCCACUAUUGCUAACGCUAACAUAAUUCUGCAUAUUGACAAUGCCAGACUGGCUGCGGAUGACUUCCGGCUAAAGUAUGAAAAUGAGCUCGCCCUUCACCAAAACACAGAGGCUGACAUCAACGGGCUGCGGAGAGUCCUAGACGAACUGACGCUCUGCAGGACCGACCAGGAGCUGCAGUACGAAUCCCUGAGCGAAGAGUUGAGGUACCUCAAGAAGAACCACGAAGAGGAAAUGCAGGCCCUGCAGUGCGCGGCGGGCGGGAACGUGAACGUGGAGAUGAACGCGGCGCCCGGCGUGGACCUCACGGUCCUGCUGAACAACAUGCGGGCCGAGUACGAAGACCUGGCCGAGCAGAACCGCAGGGACGCGGAGGCCUGGUUCAACGAGAAGAGCGCCACCCUGCAGCAGCAGAUCUCCGACCACGCGGGCGCGGCCACUUCGGCCAGGAGCGAGCUGACCGACAUGAAGCGCAGCCUGCAGACCCUGGAGAUCGAGCUGCAGUCGCUCCUGGCAAUGAAACAGUCCCUGGAGUGCUCCCUGACCGAGACCGAAGGGAACUACUGCACGCAGCUCGCCCAGAUCCAGGCUCAGAUCGGGGCCCUGGAGGAACAGCUGCACCAGGUCCGAACCGAGACGGAGGGCCAGAAACUGGAGUACGAGCAGCUGCUCGACAUCAAGGUCCACCUGGAAAAGGAAAUUGAGACCUACUGCCGCCUGAUAGAUGGAGACGGGAACUCAUGCUCCAAAUCAAAGCGCUUUGGAUCAGGAGGCUCAGGGAGUUCACCCAAAGGUGUUUUAUUUCUAGAGUUAUCCAAAACCACAUUGGUAAAGACAGUGGUUGAAGAGAUAGAUCAACGUGGUAAAGUUCUUUCAUCGAGAGUCCACUCCAUUGAAGAAAAGACAUCUAAAAUGACCAGUAACAAAACAGAACAAAGGGUUCCUUUCUAGCCACCAUUGAGAAAAGAACAAUUUGGGAGAGGAUUCUUCACAACUGCAUUAUUCUAAAUAUCAAGAAAAUUAUUAUUUUCUACCUUUAAUGAUAAAUCACUUAACAAAAAUAA